UCUGAGUCCACAAAACAGCAUACUUGGUCUCCUUAAACCACAUUCCAAAUUACAUAUUGGAGCCUUCAAUGUUUUCACCCUCCUUCAAAUUAGUCAACAGGUUUCGUUGGCAGACUCUAGCAACUCGGGCCAUGGAUGUGUGCUGUGUUCGUGAGACACGCAUACAGGACCCAAGUGUAGUUAUUCACCUGACCUCUCCCGACCAAUCUGGUGAAUCUGCAAGAUUCACCCUUCGAGUUUCUGGAGAUUCGAUCUCUGGCUCUCGUGGUCUUGCAGGUGUAGGCAUAGCACUAAGCACUAGGGCAGGAAACUCACUACUAGACUGGAUCCCAGUUGAUAGUUGCCUCUGCGCUAUGCGGCUGAACGGCACAGCGAGAACUGAAAGGAAUAGUGAGACUCGCCGUUGUCUCUUUGUAAUCUCUGCUUACGCACCCACUGACUGCAGUUCGGAUGAAGUGAAGGACGAGUUCUACCGUAAACUGUCUAGCCUCCUCUCGAAAGCCAAACAUUCGGAAGUGGUGAUUGUUGCAGGUGACCUCAACGCACAGGUGGGUAGACUGAGUGAGGCAGAAAGGCACUUAGGUGGCACUUUCGGAGUCCCGAUGGAAUGUACAGGUAACGGUGAUCGCCUAUUACAACUGUGCUCAGAUAACCGCUUAUUUUAAGCUAGCACAAAUCUCAGAUAUAAAGAAAGACACUGUCUGACGUGGCGUCCACCGAGCUCAACUCAGCGAUAGACACAGAUAGACCACAUUGGUAUUA